UGUUUCUCUGCCCUGUCCAGAUGCAACGGAGGAGUUUUUCGAGUAUGACGCGGAGGAGUUCCUGGUGUUCCUGACCUUGCUCAUCACAGAAGGGCGGACACCAGAAUAUUCCGUGAAGGGCAGAACCGAGGGGCUGCACUGUCCACCAGCCCAGUCGGCCAUGCCGCCUCUUCACAAGCACGAAUGCAGCGACAAACUGCCCCAGUGUCGGCAGGCAAGGCGAACCCGUUCGGAGGUGAUCCUGCUUUGGAGGAACAGCAUCCCCAUCAUGAUCGAGGUCAUGCUCCUGCCAGACUGUUGCUAUGGCGAUGAGUGCCCCCCGAGUGACCCCAUCAGCGACCCGGUCAUCAAACAAGAUGCUCUGCUGCUGGAGAGAUGGACCCUGCAACCAGUUCCAAGACAAAGCGGCGAUCGUUUCAUUGAGGAGAAGACCCUGCUGUUGGCUGUGCGCUCCUACGUCUUCUUCUCCCAGCUCAGCGCCUGGCUUAGCGCCUCCCAUGGUAUCGUCCCGAGAAACAUCCUGUACAGAAUCAGUGCUGCUGACGAGGAGCUGGUAUGGCAGUUCUCCCAGCCGCCUUCAGAACACAUUUUCCCCGUCCCUAAUGUGUCCCAGAGUGUUGCACUGCAGGUUCGUGUCCAGUCACUCCCCCGCCAGCCCACCUACCCCACCCUGGCCUGCAGCAUCCAUACUGGCCUGCCUCCACGUUACAGCAAGACCCCCAGCCUCAGCCCAAACCUCAACAGCCAUGGUGGCCUGCCCACCCACAAAAAGAACCAGGACCCCAGUAAAGACAACCUCCUUCACAACUCUAACAUCUACAGCAAAACCUCCAACUCCAUGUCCGGCCUUCUCCUCAAUGGAUUACCCAUUCCUAACCUUCCCAUCAACAACAUCCCCAUUAACAGCCUCCCCCACACUGCUGUUCCUCCUCCUUAUAGCAAGAAGAGCCAGGAGCCCGGUGAGGACCACACGUAUCAGAACGGAGAGCUUCCGCAGGUCAACAUCCCCCAGCGUCAGGGCUCCCCACUGUUCCACAGGUCCCCUCACUCCCCCACGCCCUCCCGCUCCCACUCCCCCUCUCCGCUUCCCACAAGUAAAGCAGGGAAGUGGUUGUACUCGGCUCUCAAUGGCUCAUCUGACCCCACACAAGUAGAGGACUAUGGCUCUGGCACCAACAGCAGUGAUAGAUCAAAGGGGCCCCUCCCUGAGCCACUGAGAGCUUUUAAAAAUUUCUCCUUGGCUGAGCCACCCCGUUGUCCCUCCCCAAGGCCUGCCACCGAGACAAACCCCCUUAUUGGCUCCCUGCUGCAGGAGAGACAGGAAGUUAUCGCCCGCAUUGCACAGAGGCUCAACUUCUGCGACCCCACAGCACCGCCACUCCCUCCUGGCCUUUUUGCUUCUGACAACCCUCCCAAAGCUAUGUGGGGCAGUAACCAUGACGACAUAACUGCCAGUAAGACCAAAGAGCCCGAGGUACCGCCCUAUGAGUCUGUGGGACGUGUGUGGCCCGGCCCCUUCAACACACCCGUGACUGACACAUCUUUCAGCAAACGGGAGAGCUCCUCCCCUAAACCUGCAGCCUGCAGGAAGCUGAGAAUGACUGAGACCAGAGACGGAGAGGAGGAGAGAAAUGGAGAGAAAGACAGAGAGAAAGAGAAGGAGAAAGAGAGGGAGAGAGACAGCUCCCUGAUCGCCCAGGCAGUACAAGACAUAACUAGACUCAUCCAGGAGAGACUGUCUGUCCCCUCUCUGUCCCCAAGGCACAGCCGAAGCGGCAGCCAUCUGCACCACACGCACACAACGACAGUCACACACACGGUCCGCACGUACUCACGCACCACACACAUCCCACAGGCCUCACACACUGCCACCAACGGCUACACCAACGGCCACAUACCCAGCCAUGAACCUCACAGAGGCAGCAGUCGCACCGCUGCCACACCCGCGCCCGUUUGCACAGACAAGCCCCGAGUUGAUCCGGGGACCGAAUGCCAUUCACCCCGGGCCCAAAAUGGUGCUCACUUUACACUUGAAGAACCCUCAUUGAAAGACCAGUCCCACACCCAGGCUGGUCGGUGUUUACGAACUCCCCCACAUGAAAAGCUCAGAGUCAGGACACCCAGCAGCCAUGAAACCCCCCCUGCCUCCCCUGUCCUUGAGAACAGCCCAAGGAAUGCCCAGAUCUUUAGUUGGACUUGCAAUGCUGCCAGUCCAGCCAUGAACUGUAACAUAAGCCACAACCACAGCAAGCCUCAGUCCCAGACACAGUGCUGUGCACCAGCCCAGGCCUCUGCCUUGCAGGAUGAGAACCAGGCACCCUCGGUGUCUGGAUGCUCCAGCACCUCCAGUCCAGACAUGACUCCCCCUUCUACAGUCCUGCGAGCUCACAGCCCCUCCCCGCUGCGCCCCUGCAACAGCUGGAAGAAACAGAAUCGCCACUCAUUAGAUGCCACAGCGACCAAGGCCUUCCACCCCUGCACUGGCCUGCCUCUGCUCUCCAGCCCUGUUCCUCAGAGGAGAAAUCAAACAGGCUACUUUGACCUGGACACCUCUGUGGCUGGCUGUAAGGGUUUGCCUUGGGCCUCUGGGAAAAGGGUGUGUCCAAAGAGAGAGGGGUACACCGAUGAGUCACAGCAGCUGUUCAGUGCCAGCGCUCCACCUGCCAGUCUCAGUCUGCUGGGAAACUUUGAGGAGUGUGUGCUGAACUAUCGCCUGGAGCCUUUAGGGUUAGUGGAGGGUUUUACAGCAGAGGUCGGAGCCAGUGGGUCCUUCUGCCCCAGUCACCUGACCUUACCCGUAGAGGUGUCAUUCUACAGUGUAUCCGACGACAAUGCUCCCUCACCAUAUAUGGGUGUGAUAAACCUGGAGUCCCUGGGGAAAAGGGGCUACCGUGUACCUCCAUCAGGAACCAUUCAAGUGGUGAGGAGACUGUCAGGGUUUUGUUUUCAUAAAUGUAGCAAUGAUCUAAAAAUAUUUACUUCUAUAAAGUAUCUGCAUCAUGGUGUACACACAUAGCUGAGAACAAAGAGCAAAUUACACUAACUAACAAAGGGAAAGGGAGACCCCUAGUUGUCAUAGAGAAAAAUUCAUCAUGUAACAAGAGUAUGUUUUUAUUAAUUUAUGUGCUUAUUCUUC